GGGAGCAAGGACCAGGGUGAAACUGAAGACACACGCACCACGGUUGUAGUUGGACCCCACAUGGUGCGCCAGGACUCCUGCAGAAGAAGCAGUCCACCACAUGGUGCUUUCCAGCUGGGAGUCCAACACUUUGCAGAACAGCUAACGGUGAAUUAACUGACAGAACGGGGAAGAAACCACACUGUCAGCUGUGUGCGAGGCAGGAAGGUUAGAAACGAGGUGGUUUAUUUUAAAAGAAACUUUUAUUUCCUGUUUUACAUUGCAAAGCAGUGUGAUCACCGUGGCUGUUGUACAGAGACCUGACAUAGUCCGUGGAUAAAAAGAUCAGCUUAAGCAGAACUUUGCACCCACUCUGAAAGUGAAGAUCAAGGCUGCCUGGGACUUGACUCAUCCUGGAGUUUGGAGGGAUCAGGAGGACAUAUUGAGGAAAUUGCUGAUCCCUGAGAUGGAAGCAGCACCCUCGGACUAACUCCAUUCACUCGUGCACCUCCAGGACUCUCCGGUGUGUGGGUUACAAACGACGAGCAGGCAUGUGUGGUGAGGCCCAACUGACCUUUUACUAGCAGGUGUGUGGUGGGAUGCUGGGAUACUGUUGGGCACCUGAGCUUCAGACAACAAGACUUUGUGCCUCACUGUUAGGAUUGAGGGAGAGAGAUAACUGAAAGGUUUGAAUUAAGGUAAAAGCCUUUCACUCAGUGUGAAAGGCACAAAUGGGAAAGAAAGCCAGCUGCUCCAGUGAGUGAUUGAUCACACCGGCCUGAAUCGGCUCUGAAUGUUCAAAUAAUUUUGUGUGAUAGAACAAUCUUUAAUCAAAAUAAUGAUCCCUGUUGGAUAUCACCAUUGGGUACAUCUAAUUCAGCCAGUAACCUGAAAUAUGCUCUGGCAAUUUUGUUUUAUUUGCAAAUAUUGGAUCUAAUUUCAUCUGUAAAGAGGUCAGUGGAUCUUGGGAUACGUUGCUCACCACUACUAUUGGUGCUGAGUUACAAGCUGACCAAACGCUUGGUUCCCAACGCAGUCACCAGGAAGUCCACCAGCCAGGUCUCGCCCUCAGGAUGUCAGGGCUCACUCCAAAGCGGGGUAUAAGCCAGGGGGGCUCAGGUUCAGCCAAGAAGAGGAGGCUGGUCACUGAAAGUUAUGAUGAGAAACUUGAGCGAAGGCACGAGAACCGUCAGAGCCUCUUUGGCCGAAAUAACAUCACCUCGUGCCGCAGUUCGCCAAGGCAGCGCGGCGCAGAGCAGAGCUCACGGCAGGAGGAGUUUCUAAAACGGAGGAACUUGACAACAGGCGAGAAAGUGGUGAAGCCAAAGUCUCCCAGUGUAUCACACUGCAGAACGAAGAACUCGGUAGGAGUUGACACCACUGUCACAGCCUCCACUGCAGACCCACAGCUGAUCCUGGUGCCAUCACAACAGAAUCUAAUUGCAGUCACUCAGAUGUCUCCACAGUUCACCUCUGCUAAUGAUGGCAUGUCAUUCAGCAACCAACUCAGUCACAGGGGAACAAAAGAUUCAAGUCCCACUUUCGCCAUGAGCACACUCAUCCGAUCUGAUACUGUCUUCAAGAAGGUUUCCAAAAAAGAUAAAGCGACUCAGGUGCCGUCAGCGGAGAGCAAUGGGUUUGGAAACGGGUCCCGGAAGGAAGCGAGCCAGCAGACAGAAUGUGGUGUUGCUGUUCUGGAUCAGGAGAUCUGGCAACUCUCAGAGUAUCUGAAGGAGGCACUGCACCGUGAGGUGAUGCUGAAACAGAAGAUGGCAAUCCUCCAGCAGCUACUUGCCACUGUCCUGCAGGCUGCAGAGAAAUCCUGGAAGGUACAACUGGAUGAUGAUUCAUUACGCUGCAAACUGCUGUCGCUUGAGACUCAGUUACACACCUGGGCACAGAAUCACUCACGAGACAGUGUGAAGGAAAGCAUGAUCGAAAUGCAGGAACAGAAACUCAAGUAUGAGAAUGUGGCAAAAGAAGCGCUCCGGAGAGCGAUCGAAGAGAAAAAUGCAGCAGAACAAAGCCUGGACAAUGUCCAGAGAUCACUGAGGGAAGCGGAGCAGGAGUCCGCCCACUGGAAAGAGUCUUAUCACAGAGCAAUGGCUGACUGUGCUGAAGUGACAGCCCAGCACUCACGGACCACUGAUCAACUGCACGUCGUCGAGAGCAGGCUGCAGAGAGCAGAAAGUGAUGGUGUGGUGCUCAGAAAUUUACAGAACAAAUUGGAGGCUGUAGAAAAUGAAACCCAGAAACUCUUGAACCAAAUCGAUGGCCUGAAAGAAGACAAUGAACUGAAGCAAAAGCAGCUUCUCAUCAGCAGAGCUGAACUACAAAAAGCUGAGGAGCAACAAGAGAGGAUGGUUUCUAUGAUCACUAACCUGCAGGACACGUUACAGAAGAAAUUCACUGAGGCAACAGAGCAGGAGAAAACCGUGCUGCAGAAUGGUGAGUUCCGUGCCAGGAUUGAGCAACGUGAGGUCGCUCUUCAGCUAGAGAUCAGACAACUGACUGACCGGCUGGAAAGGCAAUCACACCAGCUCCAUGCCAAACAGGAGGAGUGCAGUGAACUUCACUCAAAGCUUGUGGCUGUGUGGAAUGAGCAUCAUGCCCACUUUAAACACCAGCAAGGCCCCCAGGAUGAGCCAGGGACAUUUCAGAAGAGACCUGCCCAGGUGAGAUUCUGAAACCAUCUCCAGACUCACAGCAAGAGGCGCUGCUGUCGAUGUGUGGCCUUCGUCCUGAUGGCUGCAAUGGUAGCAGGGUUUGCUGUACUUUGGGCAAAUCUGGACAAAAUCCCUUUCUAAGAAACUGAAUGAGAGACAUCUCGUCACAGACACAAACUUACAGAUGUCUUUGAACACUGAAUUUCCAUCAAAAUAGAAUUUAAAAAAAUCUUAAUAUGCCAAAGAAAAAAAAUCAAUGUACUGGUUGUGUGGAAUAUUGGAAGAUAAGAGUUAGUCAGGUGCGCAGACGUACUGCUUGCUCAUUCUUACUGUACUGAGCUGAGGAGCACAACCUGAGUGAAAUUCGGAAUAUUUAACCAGAUGAUUACACUUCACAUUAGAUGGCAGCUCAAAGGACCAAUUCCUUAGAGGCAGCAAGAAGUAUUUUAUGUCCAAUUCAACUGGGACACGUAUUACACCAGUGAAGCAGUACACCAAUGACCUAGACUAAUAAUCUUGUAAGUUAAAAUCUCACUGUAGCAGCUACAGAAUUUAAACUCUUAACUCAGCAAAUUCAAAUGUUUUAAAAAUACCUAUUCUAGGCAAAGGUAAAUCUGCAUCUACCAGAUUGUUAGAAAACCCAGUCUAGUUUACUAAUGGCCUCAGGGAACAAAAUCUGCUGUCCUUAUUUGAUAUGGUUUAUGUGGCUCUUAACCACACUCUGAUUUGGUUCAACAAACCAUUUAAUUGUCACCAGGCCAAAGAGUAAGGGCAUCAAUGCUGGACACAUCCUGUUAGUGAAUACAACAAAAGGUAUUUUUGUGUGUAAUUUGUUGUCUGAUUAGAGAGUAUCACCACCUGCAGCUUUCCUGACUGCCUCUGAUACUGUAUCCCUACCUUCCCCAGUGCCAAGGUUUGGCAGAGAUGGCAAAUAGGUAAUAUAGUGCCAUCACACUUUAUUGUAUAUAGAAAGAAUAUAUUUUCUUGUAAACUUCUGUAUCAAUCAGUAAACAUCUGUAUCUGUAUUUGAACAGAUGCCGAUGCACAAUCUGCCACAUACAAUGUCUGGCUAACUUCAAAACCUUUGUCCUGGAUAUUUACAGGUCACCACCGUUCUACUUGCAUAUCAAACAUUUGAUGAAGGGUUUUGGGAACAGAACAAUUACAAACUGUUUGAUACUAAAUACAGGACUCUGUAUUAGCAAGAGCCCAGGGCUGGCACAUGAAUUGGGUCAAGGUGGCAAACUUAAGUCAAUGAAACAGUUUCCUCCUGAACAGCUGCAAAAAAUGUUACUGUUUUGGGAGCAAACUUUGUAUUUUAUUGUUAUAGAACAUCUGUUAAUUACAAUUUUGACUGUUGAGUUCAUCUGCACUGCAGCCCCAUACAAUAGAGGUAGUCUGAGACCUAUUGUGUUUCUAAUGUCAUUCUGGGAUAGAAGGAAUCCAUGUGAUGAUUACCUGACAGAAAGCUUUUUUUAUAUACUUUAGAUCUGUACUUCUCCCUCCAGUGUGAACAAGCAUUUACAUUUAAGAUCCAAAAUUGGUUUGGUGACCGGAUGCAAGAGGGUAGGGGUGGAAGGAUGUUUUUCUAAGUGUAAGUCUGUGACUGGCAAUGUACCACAGGGAUUGAUGCUGGCACCUCUGCUGUUUGUGAUAUACAUAAUGACUUGGACACGAGCAUAGGAGGUAUGAUUGGCAGAUUUGUGAAUGACACAAAAAAAAAUCACUGAUGUUGUGGAUAGUGAGGAAGGUUGUCUCAGGCUACAGCUGGAUAUAGGUCAGAUGGAAAGUUGAGCAGUGUUGGCAGAUGGAAUUUAAUUCUGAUAAGUGUAAGGGAAAUGAAAUAGAGGUAGGACAUAUACAGUAAAUGGCAGGGCACUAAGGAAUGUUGAUGAACAGAGAGAUCUGGGGGUCCAAGCCCACAGUUCCCUGAAAGUGGCAACAAAGAUCAAUAGGGUGGUGAAGAAUAACAUGCUGCCUUCAUAGGUCAGGCACACAAUACAAGAGUUGGGAUGUUAUGAUGCAACUUUAUAAAACUCUGGUGAAGCCACACUCGGAGCACUGUGUGCAUUUCUGGUCAGCACACUAUAGGAAGGAUGUGACUGCAGUGUAGAGAGUGCAGAGGAUGUUACCUGGAUUGGAGAACUUUAGUUAAGGGGAGAGAUUGGACAGGCUAGACUUGUGAAGGAGUCUGAGGGGUGACCAGAUUGAAUUAUAUAUGAUUAUGAGCGGCAUAUAUAGGACAGCUAGGCAAAAUAUUUUCCCUAUGAUAGGGGUAUCAGAAACAAGAGGGCAUUUGUUUUAAGGUCAGAGGAAGGAGUUUGAAAGGGGACCUGAUGGGUAAGUUUUCCUUGACAGAUUGGUUGAUACUUGGAACUCACUGCCAGAGGAGGUGGAAAUCAGAUACAAUUACUGCGUUGUUAAGAGUCAUUUAGACAGACACUUAAAUAGGCAAAGGCAUAGAAGGUUCUAAUGUGGGCAACUGGGACUAGUAUAGAUGGGCAAAAAGAUCAGCAUGGACACGGUGAGAUGAAGGCCCUGUUUCUAUGCUGUACAACUCUCCAACUCUAUAAUUCAGUGACUAGUGAAGUAUGGCGCACUCUCAUUUAAUAGAGUACAUCAUUAAACUCACAACACUGUCACAGACCCUUUAAAUUAUGUCGCUGUGUUCACCGUUAAAAUAGCAAAAGGAGUGAAAGUAUUCACAUUGAGCAUUUACUGACUUUUUUUUAAAACGUGGCAGCUGAAAAUUACUUUUUUUGUAAGGUGCAAAUAAAAUUAAUAUUUUGAGAUAAUGGCGAGUGUCUAACUAUAGUUAAUUCUUUCAUUAAGAUGUUUUUUGCAGACCUGCUGGUGUGGGGUGCAGAACUGUGAAGUGUUUCCGGGCAGUGCCUUGGGGUGGAUGAGGUCCCAUUUCAGUCUCAUGCUCUCUUACAUAUAUCUGGUUGAGUGGAUCUUUUCCAUACUGCCCAAGAUCAUCAAGAGUGAUCUGGAAGAAGAUAUUCACUCAGCUGAAGGAGAGGAGUGACCCAGGAGGACUGAGGAAAGAAAACUGGAAAGGUCAAACCUUUGUAAGAGAUUCUUCCAAAACUACUCUUAAGAUUUUACACAAAUUGCAACUGGUGCCAUAAAUACUGGACAGAAAUUCAUAAAAAGUUACAUCCAAAACUAGGUGGAAUUUUAUAUUUUGUGUGCCUAUAAAUUGCAGUGUGAAAAGAUCCUAUCAAUGGCUACAAUUUGAACAAAUAUUUUCUCUCUAGUAGUCUUCAUGGGACAAGUUAGCAUCUUAGGAUUGAACCCAUAAAUUUCUGACUCAAAAGCAAGGGGUGCGACUCCUGAGCCACGGCCAAGACCAAUACAGAUAUCCUAUUGAUCACCAAUGAACUGCACAAAAAAA